GAAUUGGACCCCCACGCUCGUCAAUGCAUUGAUGAGCACUGGCGAUGGCUGAACUCAUGGACUGGACGAUAUCAACCCAAGCCAUGCGUCUUUGACAACAUGCUUGAUGUCAUUCCACGGCAGCCGCCAGCAGACUUGUCCUGGGAAGGCCGAAAGAGAUGGUAUGAUCAAAUGCCCCUUCAGGGACAGCAAGUCUGCCACACGCACGGAGGUCUGUGCUCUAUCAGGUCCCCUGUUCCGGACCUGGAUGUUAGUGGACUGCCAUGUCAGGAUAACAGCAGAUGCAAUCCAAAGAGGAUGUUCCAUCUUGGCAAGUUUGGCAAUUGCUACCUGGCAUGGUCUCGCUAUCACCGGGAGCAAGAGACUCCACUCCUCUUCCUGGAAAACACACCCGAACCCUGCCGGCACUUUCAUGACGUUGACAUCAAGAUCAAUGUUAUCCAUGCUGGCCUUGGACCACAUUAUGGGUGCCUGCAACUGUUCGCAGACCCUGCUGACGUCGGACACUCUGCGGUCAGCAGGCACCGUACUUAUGUCAUCUUGUACCACAUGGGCAAAGUCGACUACACGCACGAUGUCUUUGACCUCUACAGGGAGAUUAAGAAGGUGAUCACAUCGCGCGCACACACGCGCCCAUCGGAUUAUCUGGUAUCUUCGGAUGCUGCCAGGCAGCUGGACUUGGUCACUCGCUGCGCUCGUCUGCGACGCUUUGGCGCCACGACCAAGGGGGCACUAGAGGUUGCAGACGCCCUCAAUGGUCGUGAGCAGUUCCUCGUGCAGCAGCUGGACAUUGCUUACUUCCAGAAAUAUGGGCGCGCAGCUCAGGAGGAUGGAGAGCUAGUGUAUUACUUAGGAGACCGGUUUGAAUGGUCCCGCACGUGGAGUGCUGACAGUGGCCGCAUCCCCUGCUACCGGCACUCCUGCGGGAAAUACCUGCACCGUGCCAGCAUGCAACUCCUGACAGGACAGGAGAAGCUGUGUUCGAUGGGGUGGCCUAUCACACCCGAGGUAGCCCGUGAAAUGGGCUGCGCAGAGCUGCCCUCAUUGGACCCACAACGCAGCCAUUUUUUGGCUGGAAAUUCCAUGCACGUUGGCAAUAUGUCAGUGAUACUUCUCAUAGCACUCAGCUGCUUCUCUGUUCGCGCGCAGUAG